AUGAACCCGAGCAACGGUGCAUGUCAACCUGAACACGAUGUGGAAGCCGCAUUUAAUGCUGUUGAGCAAUCGGGCAUUGCGCAAGAGAAAUCAGCUUCCAUUGGGGGCACGAAUUUUCGGCGUUCCGGCACAACUUUUGGAAUACACAAAAAGGAUACUAGAAAGAGGGGUAUCGACCCCACUGAUUACACGAAACGUUAUAGCAAGGAUGUCGUUGGUCGAGAAAUGUCGUCUAGAGGAAGGUUUUGGCUAACAUACCUCAAUGAGGCUCUCGUCUUUGACGAAGAGAUGGUCGAAAUGUACAAGGACAAUAUUGACGUUCUUCUGGUUUUCGCUGGUUUAUUCUCUGCAGUUCUGUCGGCUUUCGUCAUUCAAACUGCACAAAACCUGCAACCUGAUUAUACAGCCCUCGUUGGGUAUCAACGAGCGACGUCGAACGUUUCUUCUAUUCCUCUCUCCCCCUUCUACCCCACUAUAUCAUUCGCCCCAUCUUUGGCAGACAUCUGGGUUAACAGCUUGUGGUUCAUCAGCCUGGCACUUAGUCUGACUACUGCGCUUGUAGCAGUUUUGACUAAGCAAUGGCUUCAUCAAUAUAUCUCUGUCGUUUCUGACAUCUCCCCUCGCGGCCGAGGUCGAAUUCGCCAAUAUCGGUACAUGGGCUUGGAGAAGUGGCAAGUUCCAAUGAUCAUUGGGCUUCUUCCCAUUCUUCUUCACGUCUCCUUGGGCCUUUUCUUCACUGGCCUAUGCUGUCUAUCUCUUCGCACUUCAUGCGGUGAUUGCCUACACAGUCGCUUCCCUUUCGGGCAUUGUUUAUGCCGCAUACUUUGUCUUUCUCUUCCUCCCCCUUUUCUACUACAAUUGCCCAUACAAGAUCCCACUGACGGAUUAUCUCUUUGGAAUCUAUCGCACUAUCUAUGA